AUGUCAAAGGGACUUCAUGAAUUUGGAGAAAGGGUAUUAAUAACAAGUCGUACAUUACAAAAUUUUUAUAGCAAGGGCUCAUCUAUAUAUCAAUCGUGUAAGGAAUUUUCUACGCCCAUUUUUUCAAGAAAUAUGGAUAAUAAUAAUGAAUAUACUUCUGAUACUGACGCUCAAGAUGAUGAAAUUUCAUCUAAUACAGCUAGAAGAAAAACUAUACAGAAGCCUGUAGCGAAAUCAAAUGUGAAAAGAAUCAGAGUAAAUUUUACCAAUAAUAAUUCUAAAACCAAAAAGUCAAGUUAUGUUUGGGAAUAUUUUCAAAUUGAAAAUGGACGCGAUGUUUGUAAGAUAAUUAUAUUUCUAAAAGGUGAAGAAGUUGAAUGCAAAAGAAAUUAUAAGCAUGAUGGUGGAACUGGUAACAUGAAACAACAUCUUCAAACAAAACAUGGAAUUUCAUCACCAGAUGAUCUUCAAUUGAAUUCUAAUGAAAAAAUUCAAACACAUAUCGAUAAAAUGAUUAGAAAAGUAACUCCACAUCGUGCACCUAAACAAGCAGAAUUAAAACAAGUUACAGCUGAAUGGUUAGUUACAGAUUCCUUACCAUUUAAUGUUGUUCAUAGAAAAGAUAUAAUGCAUUUAUUUUGCCAAAUAAUAAAGAUAUUAAAAAAGAUCUUGCAAUUGCUUAUCAAAAAGGCAUUUUAG